CCACUUGGUGUCCAAAAGAAGCAGUCUACUGUAGUGGACUGAAUGUAGUGCUAAGGACAAAAAUGAGAGACAGACUCUUGGAGUUUUAUGAAUUAUCUAGGCUGUACAGCCAACGUAUUGGAGAUGAUGAGGAUGACUUCCAAAGACCUCAUGAAACACUUCUGUUUGAAACUGAUCAUGCCAUAGCAAAUCUUUACAAAAACAUACAAGAGAUUCGAACAAGCAAUCACCGCCUGAAGGAAGAUGUGAAACGCUUGCGCAAACAAAACAGUCGCUUCCUGACAUCAAUGCGUCGUUUCAGCAGCAUAAAGCGAGAUACAAACACCAUAGCAAAGGACAUUAAGGCCCGUGGAGAAGAGAUCCACAGAAAACUUCAGGUUCUGAGAGAUCUGAGUGAAGAUGCGGAAACAAAAUAUGGUGAAAAUGCAAUUGUAACCCGUGUGUGCAAGGACCACUAUGUCGACCUCAUGCACGCUUUUCAGGAAGCCAUGUUUAAUUACAAUGAAACUGAAAUGAAAGAGCGAGACAAUUGCAAAAUUAGGAUUCAGCGGCAGCUGGAAAUCAUGGGCAAAGAUGUGUCUGGGAACCAGAUAGAGGACAUAAUUGAGCAAGGCCGAUGGGAUGUAUUCUCUGAGAACCUGCUGUCCGACACCAAAGGAGCUCGCUCUGCCUUGAAUGAGAUAGAAACCCGGCACAAAGAGCUGAUGAAGCUUGAAUCGCGAAUCAGAGAGGUCCAUGAACUUUUCCUACAGGUGGCAUUGCUGGUGGAAGAGCAGGCUGACACCUUUGAUGUCAUUGUGUUCAACAUGCAGAAUGUCCAAGAAUAUGUUGGGGAAGCUAAAGAGGAAGUGAGAAAAGCACUUGAAUACCGGAGAAAACAUCCUUGCCGAACAAUCCUUUGCUGCUGUUUAUCAUGCCUUAAAGGCUAGCUGCCCUCUUGAAGCCACUUGAUCAGUGUUAUGGGAACGCUUAUAAUUUGUGCUCAUCUCUUUAUGGUUAUCAUAUUUAUUAUUAAUUAGAUAGGUGUAUGCUUCUCAUUUGAUAUGUGUAUGAGAACCAAAGGAUACUAGCAGUAUGAUACAUACCGAAGUUGGGAACCUGUGACUCUGUAGAUGUUAUUGGACUACAUCAGGGUGUCAAAUUCGCG